UGUUAAUUCAAAGUAGACCAUAAUUGAGCAAUGUUAGAAUAUGAGAUUCUGUGCAUAUGGGUCAACAUUUCAUAAUUGACCCAACCACUUUGAAUCAAGGGAAUAUUGAGGUAAAGACCUAAUGAAGUAGGUUGAAGAGACACUGGAAAGAGUAGGAAUGGAGAAUGUCAAUUUUGACAUUGUUUGUGAGAAGUUUUGAUGUAAAUAUCAGAAAAAUGGGGUGACACUAGUGAAGAAAAAUAGUGAUAAAGGAAGACAUUUUAAAUGUUUUAUAAUAGGAGAAAUAAUAGCCUGUUCCUUUGCUAAAGAGAAUGCUUCAGUAGAGAAAGAAAGAGAAGUAUGAGGAGACAAUGGCCUUGCUGGAGUCUGCCCUUGAUUAAGUGAGUGAACUCUAGGAUAUGUCUGCUAUGAUUAAUCAUGAAUUUCCUCUGUAUUUUAUGGAGCAUCCCUCCAAAUAUACUAUCAUCUCUGGUACCACUAUGUCCUUUUCUGUCCUCCUCAUCCUCCAUAAUAUAUAAAAUGUGACUAAUUCUACAUGAAAUCUACAAAUGUCAGCCUCCAAAAGUGUGCAGGUCACCAUAGUUGAUUGGCCCACUAAUGACAACUGUCUCAAUAAGCCUCCAAAUUACUGUAACUUAGGAUGAAAAAGUAGAUGAGGGCAUUCCUUCCUUUCAUUAGGCUUUAUGGUGCAUGUGGCCAUUCAUGUUUUACUUAAAUAUUCAAAACUGCUUAUGUGUCGAUUUUAAAAGAUUUGACUGACAGAUGAAAGGCUGAUAAUGUUUCUACUUAUGCUGAGUGAUAAUGCAUAGAAUUUAUUUGUUGUGGGAUUGUGCAUUUUUACAGGUAUAUCUAAUGGUUUUUGAUUAGUUAUAUUACCUUUUCACCUGUGAAGUUUUUUAUUUUCUUGUUUUGUAGCCUGUUUCUGGAGCAGUACAGAUUACAGAAAUCCUUUGUUCCCAAUUGCGAAGGAAAACCCGAAUUAUAUUAUGGAAGGAGAAAACCAAACAGUUCUGUUUGAGUUUAUCAUCUUGAGAUUCUCCAACUUAAAAGAGUUACAAUUUUUACUUUUCACCAUCUUCCUUGUAACUUAUAUCUGUACUUUGGGAGGAAAUAGCUUCAUAAUUUUGGUAACCAUGACUAAUCUGCACCUGCACACGCCUAUGUAUUUUUUUCUGGAAAACUUAGCUUUUCUUGACAUCUGCUACACCACCACCAAUGUUCCCCAGAUGAUGGCGCAUCUUCUGUCAGAGAAAAAAAGCAUUUCCUAUUUAGGUUGCAUGGCACAACUUUUUGCAUUUAUUUUUUUUGUGGGAUCAGAGUCCCUGCUCCUGGCAGCAAUGGCAUAUGAUCGCUACAUUGCAAUCUGUAAGCCCUUGAGGUAUUCAGUUAUUAUGAACAAGGUUCUGUAUAGCCAGUUAGCAGCCUCCUGCUGGUCUGGUGGUUUCCUCAAUUCAGCGGUGCACACAGUACUGGCAUUCCGCCUGCCCUUCUGUGGCAACAAUCAGAUUAAUUAUUUCUUCUGUGAUAUACCUCCUUUGUUGGUCUUGUCUUGCGGGGACACUUCUGUCAAUGAAGUGGCACUACUAUCCAUUGGGGUGGUCAUUGGUUGGACUCCUUUCCUGUCUAUUGUCCUUUCCUACCUCUAUAUUAUCUCCACCAUCUUGAGGAUCCGAUCCUCCAAGGGGAGACAAAAGGCCUUUUCCACCUGUGCCUCCCACCUGACCAUUGUCCUUCUCUAUUAUGGCAGCGCCAUCUUCACAUAUGGACGACCCAUCUCAACAUAUUCACUGGAGAAAGACAGGCUGAUCUCAGUAUUGUAUAGUAUUGUUACCCCCAUGCUAAAUCCUAUAAUCUACUCCUUGAGGAAUAAGGAUAUUCAAGAGGCUAUGCAAGUUAUGGGGAGAAAGUGGAAGGCUUCAAGCUCCCUCUCUUUUGAUGUGUAAGUUUUUCUUUUCUAAGAAGAUGACAUUACAAAACUGGCCAUUUUACUUAUAGAGCUGAUUUUGGCUAAUUACUCUCAAACAAAAGUAAAAGUCAAUGCAAAUUUUCACAUCCAGCACUUUCAGAAACACUCUCGCUAAAAAUACUAUAUGAAAUAUUUAAAUUUUUUCAGAGAGAUCAGUUAAUGUAAAAGAUAGUGAGGAAUCACAAAUCUAAUAUUGAACAGAGUUGAAAAUACAAAGAUGUGAAAUUGGCAUUAGCGACCCUCUCUUAUGAGGACUUCUGAUAAUCUUGAAGAAGUGUUUGAGGUUCUGAAUUGUGUUUUGACAUCCUUGUAAGAUUAGAGAGCUAAAAAUGGAGUCUUGAGCUAGUUAAUUGAAACAACAAUUAUCCUCUAUUUUAUCCGGUAAACUUAUCAAUAACUUACGUGCCUAGUGACUACCAUAUUGGACCAUGCAUCCAUAGAACAGUUCUUUCCUUGCCGUUAAUAGACAGUGCUUCUCUGAAAGAAGAAGUAUUAGAUGGGCAACUUUGCUUUAAGAGAUAUCACAACCAAUUGCAAAAUAAAAACAACAGUAUGUUAAUGGUUCAGUGAUAAACUGAUCAUUGGAAUAAACUAGAGAAUCCAGAAAAAGUCCCCUGAAUAAACAUAUUUAUUUGAUUACAUGAUAGAAGAGGCCAGAAGAGGCAUGAAAGAAAAGUUGAAUAAGGACAAUGUUUUCAAUAAAAAGGCAAAAGGGCAUAUGCUCCUAGCCUUAAAUGUUAUACAAAAAUCAAUUCUAGGGUACUGUAUACCUUAGUGUGUAAAAGAACAAUAAGACUUUUAGAAAGUGAUAAAGGCUACCACCGUAUCACACGUGGUCUUGUCAGACCCGAUCUGGAGCAGAGACCUGAUGCCACCCCCACCACUGCCUCUGCUUAGCACCUCUGGCAGGAAGGACAGUGGUCCCCAAGUCCAAAGGCAAUGGGCUGGAGAACACGGCCUCUUGGAUGGAGCCCACAGCUUUUGUUCAGCCUGGCCCUACGUGGCUAAGGCGCUUGCUAUGUGGUUGAUGAUCACGGUGGGUGGGGGUUGACCCAGGUUUGCAGGGAAUAGUCACUGUGGACGACGAAAUGAGAUAAGUUGAAUAAGUGACAAAUAAAGGCAAAGUUUUAGAAGCCAGAAGGGAAUUGAAAAUUUAAAAAUAUUAAUAUAUUCCUUUUCACCCUCACUAAAGUCACUCUUACUCAGGCAUUGAUUUUUUUUCUUUGAAUUUUCUUGACUAAUGGUAUAGCCUCUUGCUGGCCUCCCCUCCCCUCCUUCACCCUACUUUACUAAAUCCUGUACAUUAUGUCUGAAUUAAUUUCAAAACACAUAUUUGAUAAAAAUGAAUGAAGCAGAGGGAGAGGAAAGGUGCUUUACAUUGUUAUUAACUGUAUAUUAGAAAGUAAUAAAUUUCUCUUGUCUCAGUCCCUUUUGCUAUCAAGUGAUCUGUGUAUUAGCCCUCUUCGUGGACUUCUCUUUCUCCUCUCCAUUGACAGUAAAGGCUGUCAUAGUCCUCCAUACUGUUGCUUAUACCUGUAGCUCAUUCAGUUUUCAUUGCUGUAUAGAAUUUCAUGGUAUGAAUAUGCCCACAAAUGCUUUAUUCUUUCAAUGAAAUUAAACACCUAACAAUUGCAUGAAACUAUUAUUUUCACAAUUUCUAGGUUAAUUUUGGGGAAAAAAGCAGCUAGAAUUGUUCAAUCUGACAUUAAGACUUAUUUUAAGACCUAUUGGAGUUCCUAUUGUGGUUCAGAGGGUUAAGAACCCAACUUGUAUCCAUGAGAAUGCAGGUUUGUUCCCUGGCUUUGCUGGCAGCUGCAGCUCUGAUUUGACCCCUAGCCCAGGAACUUCCAUAUGCCGCAGGUGUGGCCUAAAAAAAAAAAAAAAAAACCUAUUAUGAGACCUACUAGUGGAAGGUCAAGUUCGUGGUCCAAAAGCAGACAAGAUUAUCAUAGGAUAGAGGUCUUAGAGACAGACCCAAAUAUUUGUAUGGUAACCUAAUAUAUAAUAUGUAUGGCACUCCAAUAAAUGAUGGAAAUUUAGUAAUAGUUUGGAGAAAUCAGAUCACUAAGUAAAGAAAAAUAAAUUAGAUUUCUAACUUUCACUUUGUGAAAGAUGAACUUUAAGUGGAUUAAGGAGGAAAAUUUGAAAUUUAAAAACUGUAAAGUUGAUAUUAAAGUAAGAGAAUAGGGAAUUCCCAUCAUGGCACAGUGGAAACAAAUCAAACUAGGAACCAUGAGGUUGG